CGUCUUCACGCGCUAAAAGCGUGGGAAAGUCCCCUUGUGACAGCAGCAAACGAGGCGCGUAUAUUACGCACCAGCCGCAUGUUAGAAAUAUCCUCCUCCUUCCAGGUGCGGCGAAAUCUAGGGUUUGAUCGGAGAGCAGUUAGUUUUUCUUCUUCUUCUAUUCGCUGUCGAAUAUCGAUCCUAUCACGUUCUCUCAGAGGAACGACUAUGGAGAAGAUUUCUCGAGCUAUCGGUAGAAAAAGAGAACGAGAAGAAGAGAUCGAAGAGGAGAAUUUCGGAGAAGUCCAAACCCUACCAUCAUUAGAGAACAGCCUUACAUUCAGUGAUACUAUGAUAGCCCUCCAGAUAAUGCAUGCGCAGUUUCCAAAUAUUGAAAAGGUUUCAAUCCAGCCUUUUGUUCUACGCUCGCAGCUGUACAGCAGUGUUCAGGACAGGACACAGGUGGACAGAGAAUUGGAGUCUUUGAGGAAGGAGAAGGUUUUGCGCAUAUUUAAGCUAAAUACUGGACAGGACGAUCAUGCUAUAAUGUUAAUGGAUGACUAUUUAAACCAGGUAGGAACAGCUGUGAAAAGCAUGGAGGCUAAAUACCAUGAUGAGAUUUCAGUUUUUGACUGGUUCAAAACACAUGUUAUUGGCUCCAAGUUGGACACGAGCAUUGGACAUGAAGAAUUGUGUGCACUCUUAUCAUUAGGUGGUGAGGUGAAAGAUGAUCAUAUUUCUCUCUUAAUCAAUGCUGGUCUUCUUACGCGCCAGUUGAUUGAUUCAAACAUGUACUGGUUUGCAAUCCCAAAUAUUGGCUUUGUACUCAAGGGUCUUUCUCAGGGAAGAAAAGAGCUUCUGUCUCUCCUAAACCGUAGGAAAUACAAAGAGAUGUUAAUGGCGCCUUUGGAGAAGAAGCACCUGCGACUGUCUCCUCUUGACAUGCGGUUUCAUCUUCGGGAUCUAAUCGGCUCCGGUCACCUGAAAACAAUUCAGACCCCUACUGGGUUGGCCAUUCGAGUCUCCAAAGAUUAAAAGAAAGGGGGAUAGCAACCUGUUUGAGAGGAUGGAUAUCAGAUGUUGUGCCAAGUUCAAUGAAACUGGCUUCGAUGAAGAAGACAUCUCCCCGGGGGAAAGAAGAAAACCCACAUUAAUGACAUGCCACGACCGAUUAAGAUCAAUGGUAUGGAUCGUGUGAUCUCUGUCUGCAUCAUGCUGAAAAUAUUUUUCAGUUAUUACUUAUUAUUAUUAUUAUUUGACAUUAGAAUGUGUGUGUGACAUUCUUCUCCUCCUUUUGAUUGAUUGAGGUAGAGUUUAUUACAGUAGAGGAAAUGUACACAUUCUGUCUAAAUAUGUUUUAAAUAGCUUACGCAACGCUAUGUAGCUCACGAAAAUAGCUCAAGUCGCAUAUAGGCUUCGCUAAAUGUUAAGUUGCAUACGCUGCAUGCUAUGUAUCUCACAUUACAGAUUAUUUUUCACUACAACAAAUCAAUUAAUGUUUUUAAUGAUUUGUUACA